AUGACGAAAGUGCAGAACACGGAGAUAGAAGGGCAGCGGUUGAAGGAUCUCAAGGCCAAGAACUAUUUGUUUCAAGCUAUUGAUCAGUCAAUCUUGGAAACAAUUCUUUGCAAAGAAACUUCCAAGCAAAUUUGGGAUUCCAUGAAGAAGAAGUACCUAGGAUCAGUAAGGGCGAAGAGGCAGCAACUUCAAGCACUUCAUACGGAGUUCGAAAUGUUUCGGAUGAAAUCGGGAGAGUCGGUCGUAGACUAUUUUUCUCGAAUGAUGGCAAUCGUUAACAAGAUGCGUAUCCAUGGCGACAAGAUGGAGGACGUGACUGUAAUUGAAAAAAUUCUUCGAUCACUGACGCCGAAAUUUAACUAUGUGGUUUGUUCAAUUGAAGAAUCAAAGGAUCUGGAUGAUCUUUCAAUGGAUGAGCUGCAAGGUUCAUUGUUGGCCGAGGAAGAGGAGGAGGCGGAGGAAACAAGGAUCAAAGAAGCCAACAACAAUUCCAACAUCAAAAGUCUGAAGAUAACCAAUUUCAUGGUUCUCAAUGGAGAGGAAGAGGACGAGGUAGCAACCAAGGACGAGGCAACCACCAAGGACGAGGUAGUCACCAUUCAACCAAUUUCAGAGCAAUGUCAACAGACAAGUCCAAGGUCGAAUGCUACAGAUGUCAUCGAGAAGGAAGAAGAAGUAUCCUUGUUGAUGAUUUGUCGUGCAAAGGAGGAAACCAACAAGAAUUUAUGGUACUUAGAUACUGGCUGUAGCAAUCAUAUGUGUGGAGACAAGUCUACAUUCUCUGAUUUGGAUGAAUCCUUCCGUGAUGAUGUGAAGUUUGGAGACAAUUCGAAAGUCUCUGUUAUGGGAAAAGGAAAGGUAGCUAUCCAAACCAAGGGAAAUUCCAUUCAUACUAUCUCUAAUGUUCUUUUUGUGCCAGAUUUAAAGACCAAUCUGCUUAGUGUGGGACAGCUGCAAGAAAAGGGAUAUGAGAUUUCUAUCAAAGAUGGAGUAUGA